AUGACCAAGUCUGCAAAUGGGGGAGCCGCCCUCUCCAUCACGGUAGAGUUCACCGGCGGCCUUGAAUUAUUAUUUUCCAACGAGCGCAAGCACAAUAUCACGUUACCAGCUCAAAUGGACGAUGGGAGCCAACCAAAUAUCGCAUACCUGGUCCGGUAUCUGGUCGACAAUGUGAUGAAAGACCAGCGGCAGGAAAUGUUUAUCAUGGAGGAUAAUGUCCGACCAGGUAUUCUUGUGCUGAUCAACGACGCCGAUUGGGAACUUGAAGGCGAGGAGAAGUACGAACUUCAACAAGGAGAUAAUAUUGUCUUUGUCUCGACGCUGCACGGAGGCUAG